GUUUCUUAACAUAUUGCUGCUUAUAAGAGUUUAAAGAGAAGUGUGUGAGAAUAAAGUGUCUGUGUGUGCCUUUACGUGAAGGAGCUAGGAGUGUGUGUGAGAGUGUAUGCUCAUGGCAGGAGGAGUGGCGGUGAAACCAUGAAGGGUAGUUGGGAAACCCCUUCUCUUUUUGCGCACUCCCAUGGUAGCAGCCCUGGCCACAGAAUGAGAAGGAAAUGUCAGAGCAGGCACAAAGGUCGCUGCCUUGACUGAUGUGAAGUGACCGACCCGCAAGCAGAGACUUUUCUCCUUGGCAGCCAACAACCUGCAGCAGGAAAGGCGGGCGGGGGAGGAAACCCCGAGGAGGCGCUCCUGGCCGCCUCUUUGCUGAGAUAGCAGGAGCAGCAGCCUGCGGAGCCACGAGCGCAGCGUCACUGAGCUGGUGCGGGUGCAGGGGCGCUCAGGGAGGCGCAGAGGCCCGGAGCCGCUACAGCCUCGGAGUCGCCCGCGCUGCAGGACGCCGCGCCGCGCCGCGCCACUCGAGCGCCACGGGCCAGUCCGGCAGCAGGAGGAGCCGUUGGCGGAGCGCUGCCCUGCACGGUUCCUUGAGCACCUGCCUAGCCCACCGCGAGCUACGGGAGGAACCCAGAGAUCUCGGCCUUUUGUCCCGUUCUCUAAAAGCAGCUUGUGAGCAAGCCCGGAGAAGGCGAGCAUCUCAGUUCUCCGCCGGACUGGGAUUUUUCUUCUCAAUUUGGGGGAGCCCGUGUGUAGAGGUCAGAGAGGCAGGCGAGGAUCCUCAAAAAGGGGCCGAGGGCUGUGAAAGUGGGCACCCCCUCUUAUCACUGGAAAAUCUCCUUGACAUUUUUCACACUUUGAGGCAGCUGCAGCUGGUGUCGUCGGAAAAGGGGGUGGGAAAAAAGAGAGGGGGCGGGGAGAGCCGGGAGACACAGCCAAGAGCCACGAGCGGCGCCUCCUCGCCUGCCAAGCCUGGCACCUGUGCGCCGAGCCACUGCACGGAGGAGGACCCCACUCCAGGAGAACCUCGGGCUUGAAACCACGGACACCCAGCCCCUGGGCAGCUGGUUCUCGCCGGAGGGACCUGCAACCGCCCUCUCGGACCGCCGCUGUCGCCUGCAGACGCGGGAGCGCUCGGCCCCUUAGAGCCGCCACUGCGCCGGGUCCUCGGGGAUUCUUGCCCAGCGGCAGGCAGGGUGUGUUAGAGUUGGGUGCACGAUUCGCCUUCUCUGCUCGCCUCUUCUCCGCCCGGGAUUUAUUGUCUGUGGAGCCUUCUGGGGGUGGGGAGGUAGCUGCGCCUCCGCCACCGCUGCCGCCGCCGCCGCUGCUGCUGCUGCUGCUGCGGUCGCUAGCGCGGCGCGCAGGGCAGGCGGAGGCAAGGGAGUGAAUGCGCUCCUGCCUCCCUGGCCGACGCUUUGGGCUUCCCCUCAGCCGCUUCCCGCCGGAACCUCUCCAGCCGUCCACCUGAAGGGCACCGGCAUCAUGGUCUAACGCGGCACCUGGCUGGAAUCCCCUUUCUCCUCAUCUUCCUCCUCCUACUCCACCCUCCUCUCUUCCUCCGAGGACCCUCGUGCCCACUCCACUGCGGACCCCCGAACACUUUAAGGAAUAAGCCUUGGCAGCUGCACGAUUCACUCUCUCUGGAACCUCAUGGGCAGUUUCUCCCGCCGGCGAUGAUGGAGAACCUAAUAAGGGGAAGGAAUCCCCCACAAUAUCAGAGAAGUCCUUGUAAAGAAGUUCGUGCAGCACUCAGGAAGAGGCCUGAAGAAGAGUGAGCCCGCUACAUGAAAAAAAUGCAAGUCAAAGUGGUCACAACCUAGAAGUCUGCAGAGACAGGAAUAACUAGCAAUGCAGUGCCUGGAGAUGACCACCAAACGGAAAAUCAUCGGCCGACUGGUGCCGUGCCGAUGUUUCCGAGGUGAAGAAGAAAUCAUCUCAGUUUUAGACUACUCCCACUGCAGCCUUCAGCAGGUGCCAAAGGAGGUCUUUAACUUUGAGCGGACAUUAGAGGAGCUUUAUCUAGAUGCCAAUCAAAUUGAAGAACUACCUAAGCAAUUGUUCAACUGUCAAGCUCUAAGAAAACUAAGUAUUCCUGAUAAUGAUCUUUCAAAUCUGCCAACCACUAUUGCUAGUUUAGUUAAUCUUAAAGAACUCGACAUCAGUAAAAAUGGUGUACAAGAAUUUCCAGAAAACAUUAAAUGUUGUAAGUGUUUAACAAUUAUUGAAGCCAGUGUCAAUCCCAUUUCUAAACUCCCUGAUGGCUUCACACAGCUUCUAAAUCUGACCCAGCUCUACCUGAAUGACGCCUUUCUUGAAUUUCUUCCAGCCAAUUUUGGAAGACUUGUCAAAUUGCGAAUCUUGGAGUUAAGAGAAAAUCAUUUGAAAACUCUACCAAAGUCAAUGCACAAACUGGCCCAGUUGGAAAGACUUGACCUAGGCAAUAAUGAAUUCAGUGAGCUGCCUGAAGUUCUGGAUCAAAUACAAAAUUUAAGGGAGUUAUGGAUGGAUAAUAAUGCAUUACAAGUGCUACCUGGGUCUAUAGGGAAGUUAAAGAUGUUGGUAUACCUGGAUAUGUCAAAAAACAGAAUAGAAACGGUUGACAUGGAAAUUUCUGGAUGUGAAGCCCUUGAGGACCUCUUACUGUCAUCCAAUAUGUUGCAACAGUUGCCCGACUCUAUAGGUCUUUUGAAAAAACUAACUACUCUCAAAGUAGAUGACAAUCAACUUACAAUACUACCCAAUACAAUCGGAAAUUUAUCUUUAUUAGAAGAAUUUGACUGUAGCUGUAAUGAAUUGGAGUCUCUACCUUCUACUAUCGGCUACCUUCAUAGUCUUCGAACGUUAGCAGUCGAUGAGAAUUUCCUUCCAGAAUUACCCAGAGAAAUUGGAAGCUGUAAGAAUGUAACAGUUAUGUCUCUACGUUCCAAUAAACUGGAAUUUCUUCCUGAAGAGAUUGGACAGAUGCAGAAACUAAGAGUCUUAAAUUUGAGUGACAACAGGUUGAAGAAUUUACCAUUCUCAUUUACCAAACUUAAAGAACUUGCAGCUUUGUGGCUUUCUGACAAUCAGUCAAAAGCCCUUAUCCCUUUACAAACUGAAGCCCAUCCAGAAACAAAGCAAAGAGUAUUGACUAACUACAUGUUUCCCCAGCAACCUCGUGGUGAUGAAGAUUUCCAGUCAGACAGUGACAGCUUUAACCCAACACUGUGGGAAGAGCAGAGACAACAACGCAUGACUGUUGCCUUUGAAUUUGAAGAAAAAAAGGAAGAUGACGAAAAUGCUGGGAAAGUUAAGGAUCACUCUUGCCAAGCCCCCUGGGAAAGGGGCCAGCGUGGGAUUACUCUCCAACCUGCCAGACUGUCUGGCGAUUGCUGCACACCAUGGGCCAGGUGUGAUCAGCAGAUCCAAGAUAUGCCCGUCCCCCAGAAUGACCCACAGCUGGCAUGGGGUUGUAUAAGUGGCCUCCAGCAGGAAAGGAGCAUGUGUACUCCAUUGCCAGUUGCAGCACAAUCCACCACUCUUCCCUCUCUAAGUGGCAGACAGGUUGAAAUAAACCUAAAACGAUAUCCAACUCCUUACCCAGAGGAUUUAAAGAAUAUGGUAAAAUCUGUUCAAAAUCUGGUGGGUAAGCCAAGCCAUGGAGUGCGUGUUGAGAAUUCAAACCCAACUGCUAACACGGAGCAAACUGUGAAAGAAAAGUAUGAACACAAGUGGCCUGUAGCCCCAAAGGAGAUUACAGUGGAGGAUUCUUUUGUUCAUCCAGCUAAUGAAAUGAGGAUUGGGGAACUUCACCCUUCAUUAGCUGAGACCCCUCUGUACCCACCCAAACUUGUUCUGCUAGGGAAGGACAAAAAAGAAUCAACUGAUGAGUCUGAAGUUGACAAAACUCACUGUCUGAAUAACAGUGUUUCCUCAGGCACUUACUCAGACUACUCACCUUCCCAGGCUUCCUCAGGAUCCUCUAACACCCGGGUUAAAGUGGGGUCCUUGCAGACAACAGCUAAAGAUGCAGUACAUAAUUCUUUGUGGGGUAACAGGAUUGCACCAUCUUUCCCACAGCCUCUUGAUUCAAAGCCAUUACUCAGCCAGCGGGAGGCUGUUCCCCCAGGGAAUCUACCACAGCGUCCUGACCGGCUGCCAAUGAGUGAUGCCUUCACUGACAACUGGACUGAUGGUUCACAUUAUGAUAACACAGGGUUUGUUGCAGAGGAGACCACAGGCGAGAAUGCCAACAACAAUCCUCUCUUAAGUUCGAAAUCUAGAAGCACAUCUUCUCACGGACGCAGACCUUUGAUUAGGCAGGAUAGGAUUGUUGGUGUUCCCCUGGAACUUGAGCAGUCUACACACAGACACACACCAGAAACAGAAGUGCCUCCUUCCAAUCCUUGGCAGAAUUGGACCAGAACCCCUAGUCCUUUUGAAGACAGGACCGCUUUCCCUUCCAAAUUAGAGACAACCCCCACCACCAGCCCAUUGCCUGAAAGGAAAGAACAUAUAAAAGAAUCUGUUGAAAUACCUAGUCCUUUUUCUCCAGGAGUACCAUGGGAGUAUCACGAUUCCAAUCCCAACAGGAGUCUUAGCAAUGUCUUUUCUCAAAUCCACUGCCGCCCAGAAUCUUCUAAAGGUGUUAUUUCCAUUAGCAAAAGCACAGAGAGGCUUUCCCCACUAAUGAAAGAUAUCAAGUCCAAUAAAUUCAAAAAGUCACAGAGUAUCGAUGAGAUUGACAUUGGUACGUACAAGGUUUAUAAUAUACCAUUAGAAAACUAUGCUUCUGGGAGUGAUCACUUAGGAAGCCAUGAACGACCAGAUAAAAUGUUGGGACCAGAGCAUGGUAUGUCCAGUAUGUCUCGAAGCCAGUCAGUCCCAAUGCUGGAUGAUGAGAUGCUCACUUAUGGAAGUAGUAAAGGGCCACAACAACAGAAGGCUUCCAUGACAAAAAAAGUCUAUCAGUUUGACCAAAGCUUCAAUCCCCAAGGAGCAGUGGAAGUUAAAGCCGAAAAGAGGAUACCACCCCCCUUUCAACACAAUUCUGAGUACGUGCAACAGCCCAGCAAAAACAUCACCAAGGAUUUGGUUAGUCCUAGAGCUUACAGAGGAUACCCACCAAUGGAGCAAAUGUUCUCAUUUUCUCAGCCAUCUGUUAAUGAGGAUGCUGUGGUGAAUGCCCAGUUUGCAAGCCAAGGUGCCAGGGCAGGCUUCUUGAGAAGAGCUGACUCCCUGGCGAGCUCCACAGAAAUGGCCAUGUUUAGAAGGGUCAGUGAACCUCAUGAGCUGCCUCCGAGUGAUAGGUACGGCAGACCUCCAUAUAGGGGAGGUCUGGAUCGCCAAAGCAGCGUUUCAGUGACUGAGUCCCAGUUCCUGAAAAGGAAUGGCAGGUAUGAAGAUGAACACCCUUCAUAUCAAGAAGUGAAAGCUCAGGCGGGAAGUUUUCCAGUUAAAAACCUUACCCAGAGGAGGCCACUGUCUGCAAGAAGCUACAGUACAGAGAGUUACGGUGCCUCCCAAACCAGGCCAGUUUCAGCUAGGCCUACUAUGGCAGCUCUUUUGGAAAAAAUACCAUCUGACUAUAACUUGGGUAACUAUGGUGACAAGCCAUCAGAUAACAGUGAUAUAAAGACGAGGCCUACUCCUGUGAAGGGAGAGGAGAGCUGUGGUAAAAUGCCUGCAGACUGGAGACAACAGCUGCUUAGACAUAUAGAAGCUAGAAGGUUAGACAGGAAUGCUGCUUACAAACACAACACAGUUAACCUUGGCAUGCUGCCCUAUGGAGGUAUUUCAGCAAUGCAUGCAGGCAGAAGCAUGACUUUAAACUUGCAGACUAAGUCUAAAUUUGAUCUACAAGAACUACCUCUUCAGAAAACCCCGUCCCAGCAAAGCAACAUUUUAGACAAUGGACAAGAAGAUGUAUCUCCUAGUGGCCAAUGGAAUCCUUAUCCUCUUGGGAGGCGGGAUGUACCUCCGGACACCAUUACUAAAAAGGCAGGAAGCCACAUCCAGACUUUGAUGGGGUCCCAAAGCCUUCAGCAUCGGAGCCGGGAGCAGCAGCCAUAUGAGGGAAAUAUAAACAAAGUGACCAUCCAGCAAUUUCAGUCACCAUUGCCUAUUCAGAUCCCCUCUUCACAGGCCACCCGGGGACCUCAGCCUGGACGGUGCUUAAUUCAAACUAAAGGGCAAAGGAGUAUGGAUGGAUAUCCAGAGCAGUUUUGUGUGAGAAUAGAAAAGAAUCCUGGCCUUGGAUUUAGUAUCAGUGGUGGAAUUAGCGGACAAGGAAAUCCAUUUAAACCUUCUGACAAGGGUAUCUUUGUUACUAGGGUUCAGCCUGAUGGACCAGCAUCCAAUCUGCUGCAGCCUGGUGAUAAGAUCCUUCAGGCAAAUGGACAUAGUUUUGUACAUAUGGAACAUGAAAAAGCUGUAUUACUACUGAAGAGUUUCCAGAACACAGUAGACCUAGUUAUUCAACGUGAGCUUACUGUCUAAAUAUUUUUUAUAAAUAGUGAAGAUACGUCUAGCCAGACCUAAUGUUCAAAAAAUAAAUUUAUACAUAGAAACAAAUUUUGCCAAUUGCUGGACCAAUGGCAAACAUUAGUGCCAAAUGUAUAAUACUAUAUGUUAGCACUGAUCAUCCUUAAAAAUGUUAACUAUAUAAAUAUGAUGUUCAUGUGGUUAUGUAUUAGUUUUAAUUGUCAGCCUCUGGCUGUGCAUUGGUGCAGUUUUGUUUUUGUUUUUGGUUUGUUUUUUUAAUCAAAUAAGUUUCUUCUCGAAGUGGAUUUCAUAUAAUUUCAGAGCACGGAAGCACAUACAAGCUCUUUACGAAUUCUGCUCUCCAUCAGAAACACUGCCUCAAAGUUGUAUAUGCCUUUAUAUAGAAAAUACAAAUAUAAAGAAUUGUAAUUCCCAUAAAAUAUUUCUAGCACAGGUAUAUGUUGGCAUAUAUACAAAAAGAAUAUAGAGAAAAAUAAUAUUUUCAUAAACUAAACAUCUCGGAUUGAGAAAGAAACUAUAUCUUAAAAUAAGACUUUACUAUAUUGAAUCUUUUUCAAUAAAAAUUACAUGAUAAUGCCUUAUGAAAGUAACUGUACAUAUGGUAUAAAGUGUUUAUAUUUGGUUCCAUAUUCAUUUGCUAAAUUCUCAUAACACAGAGUGAAAUAUUUCAUAAAUUAGCCAUUUAUCUCUGGGACCUGAAUAAAAAUAGGACAAACUAAUUUGUUCAAUGCCUUUAGCUAAUUACAAUACACACAGAGUUAAGAUACAGACUAAAGGUCAUUAUAGAUAAAUCUUUUUCACCACAAAUUUAAGCAGUGAAUGAUGGGUGGCAGGAAAGAUAUUGCUUUAUUUCUUUCAAAUUUAUGUUGAUUAUAAAAUGUAGCCCCUGUGAUUUCUUUACUUGUAAAUGUGGAAUUUAUUUGUGUGUUGCUUUAUCUAAUUUGCUACUUUUAAAUCAUUUAAAAUGAGUUUUGGAGAUUGAUAAAAUUUAUCAUUAAGAAAGACUGUUGUUAGAAAGUUAUGGUGGAUGAUUAAAAAACUUUAGUAUUUAAAUAUGAAACUGCAAAUAUAAUUUCUCAGAGCUGUGGUCUACCUGUAAUAUUAAUUUCAGUGCCUGUUUUUGUGGGCAAAAAUAGAGAAAAUACUUUUUUUCCAAAAAAGUUUCAAAGUAUAUAAAAUCCUGAGUCUGUCUUACUGGAGAGAAAGACAAGCAUAGUUAAUAUAGAAUUAGUUAUUUUUUACAUUAGAAUUGUUUUCCUCUAUAAAUGAUCAAAAUUCAUUUUAUAAUCCUUUAAAAAUAUUUCUUUUAUAUAUUAGUCAUUAAUUUGAUUAAAAUGUUCAUUUGAAAUUCCAGAAUAAUUUCCCAGAGUUGGUUGUAUGCAUGUUCCCCCUCAUAGUUCCUCAUUAUAUAUAUAUUAUAUAUAUAUAAUGAAUUUAGUUUAUAUGCUAGCUUUUCAAGUAUUCUAUAAGGAUUUUCACAAUAGUAUCACAUAUUGAUGUCACCAAAGCUCUGAGAGUAAUAUUUGUAAGUUAACUGUUUUAUGGGGACAUUGAAAAUACUGUAUUUUUGUAGGGUCUAUUAAAAUGAGUGUCACUUAUUAGAAGUACAGUGGUAUUUUUUGGCAAUAGAAUUUGUCACUUGAAGGCAAAUGAUACUUCACUUUAUAGAUGAUGCACUAAUUUUGAUGUUGCUUUAUGUCAGGGUGACAUUAUACCAUGAUUUUAUAGGGUUUGACAUUUAGCAAAUGAUUAAAUGAUUGGCCUAUUUAAUAUGUUUCCCAGAAGUAACUUUUAAAUGCAUUUUAAUAUAUUGACAGUUUCUGAUGAGAAA